AUGCUCAAAUACUUGGUAUUUCUCAAGUUGGUUUUGGUUUUUGCUCAGCACAAACUGAUAUUUGCAAUUCAGCCCAUCACACAGAACGACCAUGUUUUAACCGACCGUGUUUUUCAAGCCUUUACUGCAACAGACUGGUUCAACUGUCUACAAACCUGUCAUGAUGAUCCAAGGUGCAUCUCGUACAACUACCAGAGAUCGGCAGAAGCCAACGGUCUGUGUGAAUUGAAUGACUUUGGAGUUGAAGACUUUUGCGACAGAGAAGGGUCUAUCUUUUACUCCCCAGGAUUUGUGUUUCAGCAGAUAAGGACGAGUAAAGUGAGUGCUGUAUUAAGUGAAACAAGGUUGUAAUUCUGAUGUAGUAGUCGACGUCAUUUGUUGCAGUUCGCAGCUUAAACUAGCUUUAAUUUUAGCCAGCAAGUACAGUCACAGGUUUAAUUUUAUUUAUCUUGAAUUCGAUUUUCUGUGAGGAAACUAAAGCCGGAGAUAUUUUGUUUGUUGGUCAAAAUAAUUUUACAUUCUACGAAAGCUCAUGGGAUCAUGGGUAUCUCAAACACGAAACCUAUUUUCCAUCUACUUCGGUUUUUUUCUACCAGAAAUAAAGACUUCCUCUUUUAAUUCUUCAUUUUAGGAGUGCAAACAUGUUUGUCUUUCUGCUAAUUUCCAUGCACUUUUAAUACGCUUCUUCCAAACAAAAAUCCCCUUUAUUUUCUCCAGGAAGCGUUUUAAAUCUAAGACGUUUCAUAGACACCCUUUCCUUCUUCAAUCUCUCCAUUAAUUUCAUUAUUUGCUGGCUUAGGUUUUAUUUGAUCAGUUAAACCAAUGUUAAUAUUACAUAAAAUUGCAGAGAAAUACGUCCGCUCGGUGCUUUUGCUCUUGAGUUUUCUGUUUGAAAGUUUGCCUAAAUUGUUUAUCACUGCUGUCGGAAGCGUUAGCUAAUAGAAUAUAUCGGCUUUUUCACAUGCCUUGUCACAGUCAUGUUAAUUAUCAUUUGUUCAAAAAUGUUCAAACGAUAUGCAGGUGUCAAAUUGCCUUGCCUUUGCGUUAAGCUCUAAAUAUUCUUAUCCAAUUUUGUGUAUAGAAAAACCAGAAUUUAUUUUCAGUUUUUUGUUUCGAUAUUCUCUGAAGAAUUUUUUUUUACAAAGCUGAUAAACAAGGACUUUUUAGCGAACAUAUUCUUGUCAAUCAUCUGGAUAUUUUUUUAAAAUUACCAUUACUGAAGGCUCAAAUCAUUUGAAGAGGAGCCGCAUACAUUGGAGAUUACUCAAAAAGGUAUUUACAUAAUUAUCGGCUUGAAAUUAAACAUUGGUUAUUAAAACGUAGUUUUGUACAAACGUUUAUUUGAAAAGCUUUAUCUCACCUAUGUCUAAUUUUCGAUGUUCUUUUAAUCUAAAACCUAUAUCCCGCAGACUGACGAGUGUGCCGCUUCAGAGAAGGAAAACAUCUGCGCAUUGAAUGACUCAGGUGACCAAUUUAAUUCUCUUAAAAACUCGCCAUGCAAUUUACAGAAUAGAAGGCUAGAAAAAUAGUGAGUUGUUGGUUAAUUACUGCUAAAAGCUAGUUUUAACUUUAUGUUUGAUCUGAUCAAACCAGCCUCAUUUUCCAGACCUAUUACGAAUCCGAAGCAAACGGUUUUUGAAGACUGACACCUUAAUUACCUUGUCGGAAAUAUGACCGCAGCGCAUAAAGGGAAGGCUGUGUAAAAAUACCGUCAAUUAUGAAAUAGCUUAAAAACUACGGGCGCCCUGAUUGGUCAAAAUAUAUCGCUCCGAUAAACUCAUAGACAAUUAAAAAUUUUCUCAUUUUUGUUAAAGCAAUAAAUCGCUCUUUCUAUCGGUUGUCGGCCAAAUAAACCACUUGCAAAGUUAGAAGACUACGUGGUAAGUUUGUAGGAUAGUUGGGCCGCUACUAUCAACUAAACACCAAAGCCACACAAAUGAAGCGUGGCAAAUUUUAGCAUCCAACUAGAACCUGAGAGGUGCGGGUUUGAAUUCAUUUGAAACCUGUAUUUAGCAGGCUUCCGUUUCUAAACGAGUUUUUAAAUAUCCAGCACAGCUGCGAAGAUCAUAUUUUACUAGAUAGUAAUUUACUUUAGACUUGAGAAAUUAUAAUGCUAAUAGAACUAAGUCUCUAUUUCAGUUCCCACAAUUCCGCCUCAAAAUGUUAAAGAGGUGAACAAGACGAUAACCAGUCUUUUCAUCACGUGGGAUGUUGUACCAACCAAUCAGACUCUCGAACUGAUCCCAGAAUUCAAAGUGAUUUACUCCUUAAGGUUGGAUAAGAAGGAAAUUAAUAGGAGAGUGGUUAGAGCUCCCUUGCCUUACAUCAACCUUACAGGAUUAAAAAUACACAGAAGGUACAACAUAACAGUGUUAGCAUUCAAUCAAUGUGGGGAUGGUCCUUCCAGCGCGAUGCUUUCAGCAAAGACAGACGAAGACAGUAAGUUUUGACAUACUGUUUUACAUUGUAUGAAUCUCUGUUGCUGUUCGCUAUUUAACUGCAUACCUACCCCCAGGCUACCUACCUACCAUCCUUCCUAUCUAAAUGUUUACUUCUUCUUUUCUCUGCUUUCUGUAAAUGUACUUUCGAAACAAGUGUUACAGGGAGUAGGAUGGCUCUAGCUGAAGGGCUGCGUUCCAUCACAUAAUCAAAAGUUGAACCCAACUACCGACCUUCCAACCUAUCUACCAACCUAAACAUUCCUUCGUCUACCUACCCUCUUAUCUAUUCAAUUACUUGCCUUCCUGUCUCAACUUAGCUACCUACCAACCUAUCUACCUAUUCAUGUUCCUACCGACUCACCUCCCUCCCUGUUUACUUAUCUAUGGUGCAGUUCGCCUACCCGUCCCUCUCUGCUUCCUUCCCACCCCACCCCACCCACUUAUAUACCCUUCCCCUAUCUAAUCAUCCGCCUAUCUACCUAUCACCCUCUUAUCUAACGACUAACCUACUUAUCUAAGUAAAUACUUAAAAAUCGACCUCAUGCUCACAGACCAAUCCACCUACUCACCAGUAAAUUGAGGGGGUAAGUUUCCAAAGAAACUAUGGGUCUGCGUCUGUAGGAGAGUUUACCAGUGUAAUUUGAUAUCAUCAACUGAGUUGGCCACCGUUAAGAGUUUCAAGUGACGUUUUGAGCGUUAGCCCUUCGUCAGAGCGAAUGACGAUAAUACUUAACUACCUACUCACAAAUGUAUCAAUCUACCAUCAUACCAUUACUUAUCGCCUGCCUGCUCACCCGCUUACCUUCUGGACUGAUCAACAGCGUUACAUUCUGAUAAUUCUAUUUCAAUUUAUAUUUCUUUAGAGCCCAAAGCAGCGCCCCAAAAUUUAAAAGCAGAGAGAGAGAACUCAACAAGCAUAUUGGUCAGUUGGGAUAGAGUACCAGAUGGUAAACGAGAUGGGAAAAUCAUAAGUUACAGAGUGGAUUAUAACCAAACAACCGUUGAUUCGGCGGCGCCGAAAGUAAUAGCAAUGAGUGAAAAAGUAGACGGAUCAAAGCGGUCGCUUUUGUUGAAAAACAUAGAGCUGAAAGCAGAUUACACAAUAACAGUGUCGGCGUCAACAAGGAAAGGGUAUGGACCGGCUAGUGAUUCUGUUAAGGUGCCUGCCGGAUGGUGAUGACGAUGAAGAAGAGGGAACAGCGGAAACCUUUGUAUAUUUGCUUCUGAGAACACUCAGCGUAUAAUUCAUGACUCGAGCUUUAUCUUUUCCUAUAUAUACAUUAAUCGUUCCUGCCUCAUGACUUUGAUAAUUUGGUUUUAUCAAUUGAGUUGAUAAUGUGCAUUCGCUCUGUCGAAGAGUUAUCCUUUGAAAUGCCGGCUUUGGACUCUCUUUACGGUGGCUAAUUUACAUUGUCAACUCUGUUGGUAACCGCAAAAUUGUCUCCCGCACCGAAUCAGCACCAGAGUUAAUUGUGAAGGAAAACUACUGGAUAAUGGAACGCAUGCUUCAAUUUGUCUCCUCGAAAACAACGGGAAAACUUUAGAUUUUCUUUUCGGAAAAUAUCAGAAAAUGCGUGAAUAAUGCCGUGUUUUCAAAUAUUCACAAAUUGUUUUCCGAACGGGUGAACACCAUAUUUUUUGCUGUGAAAGUUGCUUUAGAAAUUUACCUUCUUUAUUCAUGACUAAGAUGAUGUAUAGAUGACGGUUUAGAGCUCCAAGAUGACGUCAGAUGGAAGAAGCAUGCAUUCCCAACAUGAAAUGUUGGAAGAUCUCAAUUAGCUAUCUAAUAGAUCAGUACACAGCGCCAAAGUUACAAAAAAUGGAGGCGAGACCGUUCCUUUCCGAAAAUCACCA